CCGGCGGAAGUGAGGCCGGGAGUUAGUCUGACGUGUGGCGAGGCGGUCGGGCGGGUUACCCGGCGCCCCGGACCCCGCUGCCCCCGUUCCCCCGGGCACGGCCCGGAGCCGGCCCCGCCAUGCUCGACUUCUUCACCAUCUUCAGCAAGGGCGGCCUCGUGCUGUGGUGCUUCCAGGGCGUGCGCGGCCCCGCGGCAGCCUGCACCGCGCCCGUCAACGCGCUCAUCCGCUCCGUGCUGCUCCAGGAGCGAGGUGGCAACAAUUCUUUUAACCAUGAAGCUCUUACACUUAAAUACAAACUGGACAAUCAGUUUGAGCUUGUGUUUGUGGUUGGAUUUCAGAAGAUCCUGACUCUAACCUAUGUGGAUAAGUUGAUAGAUGACGUCCAUAAGGAGUUCCGGGAUAAAUACCGCAAUGAAUUCCAGCAGAAAGGCACCCUGGGGCUCCUCAAUGGCACCUUUGAUUUUAAAGAGGAUUUUUUACAUCUCCUCCGGGAAGCAGAGGAGAGCAGUAAAAUCCGAGCUCCAACUGCCAUGAAGACAUUUGAACAGUCUGUGAAGUCUCAGAAGACUGUCAAGUCUAUGAUAGAAACUCGAGGGGAGAAACCAAAGGAGAAAGCCAAGAACAAGAAAAACAAAGGUUCCAAAAAGGAGGCUUCAGGAACCGAAGCUGCUACAGUCCCCAGUAAAGCAGCCCCAGAUGCAAAGCAGAACCCCCCUGCGGCAACUGGGGACAGGGAGGAACUGACCAAGGAUGAGAUCCUGCAAAAGAACCGUGAGGAGUUCUUCAAGAAGCGCCUGAAAGGAGGAGAGAAGUCCAACAAGUCCCCAAAGCCUGAGACUCAGAAGGAGAAAGGGAAGAAGCCCCGUGUGUGGGAGCUGGGGAACUCUAAUGCCAAAGUACUCGAUUAUAGUAACUCCACUACCAACGGAAACACAGACACUUGUCCCACAGAGGAGUACGACCCUGACAUGGCCCUAGGAGAUCGAGAUCGGGAGCCUGGCCGCCUUUAUGAUCUUGAAUAUGAGAGUGAUGAAGAGGAACCUGAAGAGGAGAAGGUUAUUCAGAACCCUUCACAGCCCAGGGCUAAGAAGGGUGGUUUGGGAGGCAUGUUUGGGAUGCUGAAAGGCCUGGUGGGUUCCAAAAGCUUAACAAGAGAGGACAUGGACUCUGUGCUGGAGAAGAUGAAGGAUCAUCUGAUCGCGAAGAACGUUGCGGCUGAAAUAGCUGUCCAGCUGUGUGAAUCGGUGGCUAAGAAACUGGAAGGGAAAGUGAUGGGCACCUUCACCACGGUGACCUCAACAGUGAAGCAGGCCCUGCAGGAGUCCUUGGUACAGAUCCUGCAGCCCCAGCGCCGCGUGGACAUGCUGCGUGACGUCAUGGACGCUCAGCGCCACCGCCGGCCAUAUGUCGUCACUUUCUGUGGUGUCAAUGGGGUUGGAAAGUCGACCAACCUCGCCAAGAUCUCUUUCUGGCUGAUUGAAAACGGGUUCAGCGUCCUCAUUGCCGCCUGCGAUACCUUCCGAGCCGGAGCCGUGGAGCAGCUGCGCACGCACACCCGCCGCCUGAACGCUCUGCACCCCCCGGAGAGUCACGGCGGCCGCACCAUGGUGCAGCUCUACGAGAAGGGGUAUGGGAAGGAUGCUGCUGGCAUUGCCAUGGAGGCCAUUGCGUAUGCACGUAACCAGGGGUUUGACGUGGUGUUGGUGGACACUGCUGGCCGCAUGCAAGACAACGCCCCCUUGAUGGCAGCUCUGGCUAAACUCAUUGCAGUCAACACCCCGGACCUGGUCCUGUUUGUUGGGGAAGCCCUGGUGGGAAAUGAAGCUGUGGAUCAGCUGGUCAAGUUUAACAAGGCCCUUGCUGAUCACUCCAUGGCCCAGACACCACGUCUCAUUGAUGGAAUUGUGCUCACCAAAUUUGACACCAUCGAUGACAAGGUUGGUGCUGCAAUCUCCAUGACUUACAUCACUAGCAAGCCAAUCGUGUUUGUUGGUACUGGACAAACCUACUGUGACCUGCGUAGCCUUAAUGCCAAGGCCGUGGUCACUGCUCUCAUGAAGGCCUAAAAUCCAAUUAUUGCACCAAAUUGCUGUUUGCAGAUGUCUCAGAAGAACAUGCUUUACAAUGUGACUGACUUGUCUUUUCAGUGUAGUGCAAAACAGAAUGAAGGGAUAACAGAGCAAGGGGCUGCUGCAUCCACCACUUGCUUGAAUACUUCACCAAUGCACACCCCUCCCUUCACCUGAUGCAUGACUUUAACCUUGGAAGGAGGUUGCUGUCUUCAAUCAUGUUGCUCACUCUGUUUAGCUACACUUCUUCCAUAUUUAUUGGCUAGAAAGCUUAUUUUUGGGAAGCAAUUGUCUCCUUCAGGUGGAGCACCUGGGCCAGAUCAGCUCUGUGGCCUUCAGCCACUGAAAGCCCUUCCCCUGGAUUCCUUCAUUCUAAGUGACUCAGCCUCCAUGCUUUGUAGAGGCUGAAAUUAGAGCUUUGUAUUGUUCAUAUCUUGUGAGUGGUGUCUAAGCCCUGCAGCACUUCAGGGCUGCUCUGCUACUAACUAAGCAUCUAUGGACUGUCUGUUUAAGCUAUUGAUUCUAUGAGCCAGUCUGGAUUUUUAGACUUAGUGAGAUCCAAGAGUAUGAGUGUCCCAGUCCAGGGGCUGAUCCUCUGCUGAGCUCUAAGGCUAGAGCAGAAAUAGAUGCUGCUUUGUGACAGUUUUAGUGUCUCCAACCUGAUUAAUACUUGCUGCUAGCUUUGACCAUGGCAGCUCACCAAAGUUGAUAAACCAAAAAGAGUAAGUCCUACCCCUCUGUGCUUGUCAAGCAGGGGCCUAUAGCGAAGAUGCUGAAGUUGCCUUAAGAUCCCUAGUUCUAUUGUCACUGGGACUCCUAAAGCAGGGCUGCCUUGGGCCACUAUAGCUCGUAGCAGACUUCCCCCAGGCUGGAACUGUUAGUUGCCAAGAGCUGCAUCUCUAUCGAAGCUGCAAGCACAUGGCCUGGAUUCUGGCAGGCAAGCUGCACUGCUUUAGGGAAUAGGCUAGAGCUGGUUUCUGUACUGCAAGACCCCCUUCCUCCCUCAGAAGCUGUUUCUACUGACUCAUGCCUCCUUGUCUCAGUGCUGAAGAUCAAACGGAUGCUACUAGAACUCUUGCCUGCUGUCCCUACAGCAUUAGCUUCUGCCUCUGAUAACCAGCUAGGGAAAGGAAACUUUGGUGGAAGACAAUGCGGGCUGCUUGCUGCUUUCCUGCCCCCUUCUCCCUCCCUUCUGAGUGCCUCUAGAGAUCCUGGUCUAAAGUGCUACAUUGAAUAAUACAAAACUCUUAAAAUGUCUUGUAGCUCUGUAUUGCAGAUGUGCUAGAGUGCAAUAAAUUGAAUGCUGUCUGCUAAAAGAAAUACAUAAUUUAUAUAAAAUAAAUUUCAUAAAGAAGUUGA